CUCUUUCCCACGAGGCUGGCCAGAAGGAAAGGGAUAUUCUCUGGCUGUGGAUGAUGGUACACCAAUGGAGUGGAAAGGAGAGGAGCUCAACCUCCCGGUGCCUGUUUGUCGAUGUGCUAGCUGAGUUGCUGCUUGUGUUUUUGUUUUUUUUUGUGGGGAGUGGGGGGGCUUUGUCUCGCUGCCUCAGUUUCUGGAGAGUGUCCUGUUUUCUGUCACCUGUAUCUUUCAGCAUCUCAGUACACAAUGCAGCCUGGGACUUUAAUGGGAUGAGGACUUGGGUCUGGUAAACAGAACACUGUGUGGUUUAUCUGUGUAAAGAGUCGUGAUCAGUGAGGUAAUUUUUUUUUGUUGUUGUUGUUGGCGUUGAAUUGAAUGUAGAAGGGUUGCACCAAUCCCAGGUUUUUCUCUCCAGAUACUGAUUCAACUCUGGGUAUCUGCUGAUACCAAGUAUUGACCCAACACUCAGUCAGUGUAGUGUUCGGCACCUAGGCUGAUUUGGUGUAAUGAUCUGAUUUUUAAAUCUGUUUUAAUCUGUUAAUUUAACGAGAAAAAUGAAUGAUUAGCGCCACAGUUGAGUUGUUUUUUUCCCCUGUUCUUUCAAUCUUCUCCUGACCCAGAUUUAUCUUGAGUACCACUGCCCUGAACAACUCCUCAAGGCACCAAAACCCACUACCAGAGGCUGUGGUUUGGAUUACAAAUGUUAGUUUGAACCCUGCUAUUUACAGUUUAGAGUCUCACCUAAUUAUAAGGCAUGCUUCUGUAAAUGGAUUGUUUCCAGUGCUUCCAAGAUGCCAAUUUACGUCAACACUGUAGAUGUUGGCAUGCUGGAAAUCCUCACUGGGUCAGGUCAGCUCACAGGGUUUACCACUGUGUAGGUGUCACGCACUCCAGUCAGCCCGUUGUCUGACUAAGGUAUGGACGGUGGGGGGAGAUGAUAGACCAGCAGAGCUCAAUGGGGACAGAGGGGAUGAUUGAUGGGCACUCCAGCUCUUCAAGUUCAACGCACGAUCCGUCAAUGUCGCACAGAGUGUGAGCACACUAAAGAGAGAUGGAUCGCCUCUACCGAGUGCCUUUUUAGUGUUUUUACGCUAAGUGGAUGGAUGGACAAGUGGAAGGAUUAUUCUUCUUUUUUUUGCCAGUGUUGUCUGUGAAAGAGACGUUAAAAAAACAUUUGUUUAGAUGUCUGAUUAGUUAAUAGACCAGAGUAAUUUCAGGACUCAUAGCUCCUGUUAAAAGCUAUGUUUACAUUCAUUAGCAAGGCUGUCUCUUGGGGGCAGGGAAACUGCAUUACUUUCAGUUUGAUCAAUGUUGAUUAGGGGUCAACAACCUCACGUAUUGAUUACCGGUCAGACUGAAUUAUGAUAUUAAAGAUAAAUCAACUCUGCCUUUUUGAAAUUGAAAACUUGUUUAAUAAAUAUCACUCUAUAAAUAGCCCAGUAUUACUGUCAUUAGACGCUUAAGACACAGUUCUUAGUCAUUCCAAACAAUAAGCUCACGGUAAUUCAAGCUCUUUUUUUAAAAAAAGUGCUCCUCGACAAGAAUGAGAGAGAUGAUUGCUUCCACAAGUCAGUCGGUCUUUAGGUGAGUUCAGACAGAGUUUGUUGGCUGAUGUAUUUCAGCAGCAGACAGUCACAAGACUGAUGACUUUGUAGGUUUUACUGGGGCACUGCGGGCCUUAAGACAACCAUGUUGAAGACAUGUGUGAAAGCAGAGCCUCAGCGCUCGGAGCCUCAAGGCAACUCAACCUGCACCAAAAACAAUUAAGUUGUUAAAACUCCCUGGGGCUCCCCGACGCCCCAUAAACAACAAAGUGAUCCUCUUUUGUUGUUUACCAGCUGACCACAGAGAGGCCCACGGUCUCCUUCAAGCUGCAACCACUGCAGGGAUGUUAGGUCGCUUUAAUGCAUAGCUAGCUAAAAUGAUUUAACCAGUAAGGCCAAAAUGACAGAUCCCUAUCCAUCUGUCAUGGCUCAGUGGCUCUUACUGCUGUCCAAGUCCGGCACUGUUUAUGUAAGCUUUGGCUGAGUGCAUUAGGAAAAGGGCCGGAGGAGUCAGGUGCUCCUCUGGGGUAGAUAAAGAUAGCCAGGUGUGUUUAACUGCGCUCAUCUCCUCUCUAUCCCUAUCUCUUACCACCCAUCCAUUAGGGAUCUGCCAGCUCCCUAAUGUAGGCGUGUCGCUGCCCCAUGCAGAGCGGUUAUUUAGAGCUUAAAAUAAUGGUGAUGCCCGCCUCCAGCCUUUGUGUUUCUGCACCGAUCAUGGAGGACAAUGAACCCCUCACAGUGCAUGGACUAAUGAAUAAGCCCUCUCAGUCACACAGGAAGGAGGCCCUUGAUGAGAGGAAGUGGAGGGAGAGGGGCUGUUGAUGGCAGGGGUUUUAGCCAAGUACACACAUCUCCUCUCAUUCAGGAAGGGAUGUUUUGCUUGGUAAUCUGCUGCAGUGCCGUCACUGAAUAACCCUCCAGCCUGAAUAAGGCAAGGUUUUGUUUUUAUCUUUGUGAGACAUAUUGACUGUACUCUGUCACCUUCUAUCACAAUACGCUCUGUUGUUGUCCCACAACAUGAGAUAAGACUCGUCUCAUUAAGUAUUAAAAUGACUCCACUUGUCUUCAAUCUGAUCCUCGCUCCGAUAGCCUUCCAAGCAAGCAAGGUUCACAUCGGUUCAAGGAACUGUUUGCACACUCACCAGUUUUGCGAUGAUGCCACACAUCAUCAUCGAGCCUGAGCGAGGCAGGAGGAAGUACUCGGCCUCCUUUCCCUUUCAGCUGAGUUUCCACCCCCUCCUUUUACAAUUCUCUAUCUUGAGUCCACACAGUUUCACAAGGUUGGGUGCCUUGUUAAGAAGCGAUCAUUACAGGUGACACAUAAACUGAGUCAGGCCGGCAUAUGUGGCACAGUGCCCUGAUUUCGCACUCUGGCGUUACAUAAAGGAAAGUACCAAGUGAGACGAGGACAACAAAGUCACCUCGACUGUGCACCCGCUCCCCUCACACAUCUCAACGAACUCGAUGGCAGAGGCGGUGUGACUCAUGCUUUCCCCAAGCGAACAGCCACAUGUUUAAACCAAGAUUCCUGAUACAUGAGCUAGGCUUAAUACUACAGCCAAGCACUGCACAGUGUUAUUGUUGGUCAUCUGCUUGCUCACGUGCAGCAGCAGGAGUAUUUCUUUGAGCUUUUCUUUGUUGCUAGUUUAGCUAUGGAUGUUUGAGGCAAAAAGUAACAUGCAAAAGAAAAAACUGCCCUACUUAAAGGCAAAUCAAAUAUUGAAAUAAAAAUAUAGCAGAACUGAUAAUGUACAGUAUUUGUUUAGUUAGUCACUCAGGAUGAUUGUGGCAACUGAAGUCCUGCUAGGACUCGCCCAGCUUAGUUGAAAUCUUCACAGUUGCAUCCGUUAUGUAUGCUUGUCUGUUUUACAGAUGCGGUUUUCAACAAGUAAAUGUUUGCAGUACAGCCAAUAAUAGCACAAGCUUGUAUGAGGUGAACUGGGGAGAGGGAGCUACUGUUGAUAUCCUGUUAGUGCACCAGGGUGAUUGGGGCCUGCAUUCACACAAGCUCACCACUUCCUGAUGAGUUAAUGGCCCUCAGCUUUAUUUCCUUUACAGUUUCCUGCAAUUCCUUGUAGAUCAAAGCUGAUAGCAGGCUGCUGUGUCUUGCUCCAUGUCUCCUGCAGGCGUCCGCCUUUUUUAGGACAGAGGAUAUAUGAGCAACAAAUCCACCUUUUAUACCCUUUGUCACUAUGGUAGCUCUCAGUAUGAAGCCAGUCGCUAGAGCCCAAGGGAAGUAGUUGGUGAUGGUUUGAAGACGGUAAAUUUAAGUUUCAAGUCAGUGCGCUUGCGGUUUUAUUAUGGAUUGCAUAGUUUAAUUCCUUCCUCGGGGUUAGCCAUCAUGGUGCUAAUGGUGAUUAACGGCAUGUUUCUUAAUUAGCCAGAUUCAAAGCCAGCAGUGGAAGUGAAAUAAUUACUGGGGCCUCGGUCAUGGGAGAAGUCAGAUAAGUACAUUUGUAGCUUAGUGAGUUAGCACAAUGUUGUCCAAACACACUGGCAGUAAGUGACCAGUCUGGAUGCAUCAGAUGUGGCUCCUCACUAGCCUCAAAUUAGAUUUUCCAAACUACAAGCUGUGCAACAUCCAAGAUACUGAGUAUUAGAAACAUUUAACAAACUACAGCCAGAUGAUGUUUUAAUGGUUAUUUCCAGGUCAAGUGGGGCCACACAAUAUGAUGACAUGAAACAUGGUGGUCUUCUUCAGAUCACAGCAAUCACUUGAAAAUGACAAGCAUAAACAUAGCCUCAAAGUACAGAGGGGCCUUUGUGUGUGUGUGACCUCCCCCCAACACACACAGUGCACAUCACUUAACCAUAAAAUGACCUGUGCACAUGCUUGAGUCACACAAACAUGCAACUUGCAGUUUUUCUAACUCUAAAUAGCCACCGGUGUCCAACUCGGUUGCUGUUCGACCCAUGCUGCUCUGGAAUGGGGCUCUGGUAUGCAACAGAGGAAUGCAUGUGUGUUGGUGCUUGUGGUUCGGCUGUUGCAGGACAGUCGGGGGUUGCGUUAGCACCGUUGCAGAUCCACUGGAGAAAAAUGUAAGACUGCUAUAUGUGUACAAGCAGGUGCUGUGCAGUUGAGGGUUUGACCUUAAAUUGCAUUCACGUAAUGACUGCAGAAUGUGAACAACAGGAAAAGCUCCUAUUAUUCCAACUUUGUUGACAUAUUUUUUUUACUUGCUCCAAAAUAUGCUUUUAAGCAUAUAAUGGAAACACAGUAUUAACCAGGGCUAUGUUAGUGCCCUUACAGUAUUAUUCUGCAAAGGGUUUGAAAUGUGCUUCAAGUUUCCUGUCUCAAACUACUGAGGCAGCAGUUGUUGAACAUUUGUUGGAAAAAAUUAAUCGGAGCAAAGUUCCUUUUCCAGACCCAAACUGUACUUUGCUGUUUAAUUGCUGUUUGUUUAUUCCCAACCUGCAACCUCUCACAUCUCCUCUGGUAACACACACACAAACAGUGUUUGACAUUUAGCUGAUUGAACUGUUUCAACAUGUCCAACAACAACAACAUUGACAAUCAUGUUUUAUAGUUUGGAAGCUAUGCUGCGGUUGAGAACUACUUUACUUUACUUUAUAGACCAAAUGACUAAUCAAGAGAGAGGCAGCUGUGUGCAGGUAGAAGAGCAUCAUGCUGUGGACAUCGACGUUUACCACUGUCCUAACUGUGAUGUCGUACAAGGACCCUCCCUGAUGAAAAAGCGCAACAACUGGCACAGGCACGACUACACGGAGCCAGACGAUGGAUCGAAGCCGGUGCAAGCCGGCACCCCAGUAUUUAUCAAGGAGCUCCAGAGCCGGACCUUCGCCAGUGGUGAGGAGAUUCUGAUGAGGAUGAAGGGCGAGGUGGUGACACCCAGGUACCUGGAGAGACAAGGCUUCCACUACCCCAUAGUGGUCACCGAGAUGGAGGGCCUGGGACUCAAACUUCCACCCCCUACUUUCUCCGUCAAAGAUGUGGAGCAGUAUGUGGGUGGCAACAAAGUCAUCGAUGUGAUAGAUGUGGCACGGCAGGCGGACAGCAAGAUGAAGCUCAGCGAGUUUAUCAAGUAUUUUACCAAUCCGAUUCGACCCAAGGUCCUCAACCUCAUCAGCCUGGAGUUCUCUGACACCAAGAUGUCAGAGUUGGUGGAGGUUCCUGACGUGGCUCAGAAGAUGUCCUGGGUUGAAAACUACUGGCCAGACGACUCCUUCUUCCCCAAGCCCUUUGUCCAGAAGUACUGCCUUAUGGGGGUCAAGGACAGCUACACAGAUUUCCACAUAGACUUCGGGGGCACCUCCGUCUGGUACCAUGUUCUCUGGGGUGAGAAGAUCUUCUACUUGAUCAAGCCCACUUCCGCCAACCUUGCACUAUAUGAGGCAUGGAGCUCCUCGCCCAAUCAGAGUGAAGUGUUCUUUGGGGACAAAGUGGACAAGUGCUACAAGUGUGUUGUGCCCCAAGGAACCACCCUGCUCGUCCCUACAGGCUGGAUCCAUGCUGUUCUCACCUCUCAGGAUUGCAUGGCAUUUGGAGGGAACUUCCUUCACAACCUCAACAUUGGCAUGCAGCUCAGGUGUUAUGAAAUGGAGCGUCGUCUGAAAACCCCAGACCUCUUCAAGUUUCCGUACUUCGAGGCCAUCUGUUGGUAUGUGGCCAAGAACCUCUUGGAAACGCUAAAAGAGCUAAGAGAGGACAACUGUCCGCCACCAACCUACCUAGUGGAAGGAGUCAAGGCUUUAAUCAGUGCACUGAGGACCUGGUUGAAAAGAGAGGUGACUGAGCCCACCAGUGAGGUACCAGACCAUAUCAGGCCUAACCAUCUCAUUAAAGAGCUGACUAAGGAAAUCCGCUACCUGGAGGAGGAACCAGUCAGUGGUAGCAAGCCAGUGAAAUCUCAGGGAAGUGGGUGUGGAGUAGCACCUGGGUCCAAUGGCUGCCCGGCCACUCGCUCCACGCUCGAGAGGCUGUGCCAAGCCCGGCGGGCGAGAAGGGCCGCCAGGCGGCUGAGGGAGCAGCAGCGGCAGGCCCCCAAAGUCCCCUCAAACCUGGACAUCUUAGAGCGGCACACCAGGGAGGUGCUGAGGAGGCUGGAGGUGGGCCCGCUCGAGGAGGAUGCGGCGUUCUGUGCCAAGGUUCAUGGGAAGCUCAACAAAGUGUCAACUGCAUCGGCUGCUGCUGCCGAGUCUUUAGACGACAACCACCUACGGCUAAUGCUGGUCAACGGCAGGAUUAUAAGAGAUAUGAGGCGGCCAGGCAGCAGCCCGGUAAAGACGGAGGGUGAGCGGUCACCUGUUGGCCUAAGCCCAUCAAUGAGUUGUGUGGAUGUGAAGUCGGAGAGGACACACGGCAGUCAAGAGCAGCACAGCGCAGUCGACAAACCCACGCUCCUCAGGGGUCUGGAGAGGGUGAAGACUGAACUCAGGGAAGAAGUCUCAGGACACUCCAGUGUGUCGGACGUGGAGUCAGACAGUGACUCUUCCACAGAGCAUAAAGCGUCGUCGUCGUCGUCGUCAUCGUCGUCAUCGACGUCCUCUUCUUCUGACGAGGAUUCAGAGAGUUCCCAGGAAGAGGAGGAGAAAGAGGAAGAGGGGAGGGGCUCGUCUCAGCAGAAAGGCUCAGGGCACACCAUAGAGCUGGACCAGUCUGGCCAGAAACUCAGGCACAAACACAAACCACUCAAACGAGAACGUCCUACCUCACCCAGCACAGAAGAGGCCAUUCAGGGGAUGCUGUCUAUGGCUGGUCUGCUGUGCUCCUCCAAACCGGAGAAGGUAGCCUCAUCCCAGGAGCACUGGUGGUCCAGCUCGAGCCACUGCUCGCCGCUGGAGCAGAGGGAGGCGGCGCAGCACCAGCACCGACUGCAGGGGGACAAGAGCCCGAUGGACAGCCAGGGCAACAGCAGCGAGGCCUGGGACAAUCAGGGGCUCCCCAGCCCUCUCAGCCGAAGCCACGCCAGCAGCCCAGAGACAGACUACCAGUACUGUGACCCCUCAAUGUCUCCGCCGCUGCACCCCUCCAAGAGGCAUGCCCCCAACCCCCCACCUAUCAGCAAUCAGGCCACAAAAGGCAAGCGGCCCAAAAAAGGAAUGGCCACCGCCAAGCAGAGACUGGGGAAGAUCCUGAAACUCAACAGACACAGUCGCGUCUUUGUGUAACACUCCAAAUCUUCAACGGGGAUGUAUUCUUGAAGAAAAAAAAUAAACAUUUGUGUAUUUGUUACCAGACACUUUAGUGCUGUAGAAAUGGGAAGAGAGAGAAAAAGGAAAAAAAAAAAAAAAGAAGACACUGCCUGGAGACGACCGUAACUGAACGAAAAACCUUGACAUGUUAAAACGCUCACUGUGCAUGCUUAGGAGACAGGGUAUUGGAUUUUGAAAUAAGCAAGUGCACGACUUCACUACAAGCACACUCAGAACAAAAAUGUAAAAGGAGCUACGGGAAGCGGAGAAGACGAGCAUGUUGUGAAAUGUUCUGCUGCAGGGAAAUGUGGACUAGAGCUCCUGCGGGCAUUUAAAUGGACAAAAGGAGAGAUGUAGGAGGUCUACCAAACAAACAACAAGAAACGCUUGCGUUCGCCUGGGAGCAGCGAGAUAUCUACUGCUUCUGAUGCCAACAUCAUCUGCGUCACAUUUACUAAUAUUUUUCUCUCUCUCUCCGCUGAACGCGCCGCCCGCCCGCCCUCCCUCACCCACAACCUUCACUUGCUUCAUGGCUAUCUGAGACAAACUGAAACAGGGUUGGAGGAGAAGAUGAAACGGGAGCUGUAUCUCCAGCAGGGUGUUUUUUUUUCUUUCUUUCUUUCCCCUCUGGCUCUGAGGGCGAAACGAGGUGCUAAGGAGGAGAACUGAUAUUUCAAAAUGGUGCUUAUUGUUUGUACUUUUUCUCCACUCAUGCUUGUCCCCUCCAGCCUUCACCUCCCUCCCUGAUCCCCCUUCCCUUUUAUCUCAAUCACACCAGCAAUAAUGACUUUGAGGAGAGGACAGAGCGAGAGGCAGCACUUUGGUGCAUUUUUUUUUUUACCCUGAUUAUUCUGUUUGAAAAAUCAAAAUGGGUGCAUUACAGACUUGCACAAUUUAGUGCAAAAUCUACUCUCAAAUCUGCACUAUGUUUGAUCAUUAGAGGGGGGGGGUGAGUCUGCGUUUCUGAGCAUUUUUUGACUAAAGACGAGUUGCUCAAAGUGCUGCCUCUCUGAAUUUGUUUAAAAUAGGAAUUUCGAGUCACUCACUCGGGUCUUAAAAACCCCGAAGACGACUCGCAUGAUAUCCUGCUUAAUUUAUUCUCGUUUUAUCUGUGUUGAUAUUUUUUUUUUUAAUGUGUUAUUUUUAUGGAUUCUGAAUGAUGUAUUUAUUAAUUGAAAGAGAUAAUGAUUUUAUUAUAUUUGGACCCUAAGCUAUUCUGAGGGUGUUUUUUUUUUUUUCCUUUUAUGGGGGUUUUUCCUCUCUUCUUUUUUUUAAUCUUUAACACAUACUUUUUGUAAAUGUGGAUGUUUUGGAGUUCAUGUGAUCAUCUGUUGAGUAGCAAUUUACCUACAAAUCUUUUAUUACCUUCUAUUCUGUCAGAACUUUUUUUCUCCCCCCUCGCCCCCCCAUUACCCAGUUGAAUAGAUCCUGUGUUGUUUCUUGUCUGUUCUGGUUUCCUCUUCUCCCUGUAGCCAGAGGUGUUGGGGCUAUGUGCGAAUAGAAACUAGGUUAGGUUGAGAAACGUCAACUUCCAUAUCUACACCUGAGCUUUUUCAGCUAGUGCCACUCAUUUAGCAAAAAAAAAAAAGUAUUCUGAGCCACUGUGGUCGAUCCAAAGUAGUCGAUGCAUUCAGAAGAAGUGAACGUUUGAGGAACUUCAGUGGGAUGGGUGAGGUUUUUUCCUCUAUUUUUUCUUAAAAAAACAAAACAAUGCCAGUGCUGAUGUGUGUUUUGCUCGGGGUGCGCAGUUCUUCACUCUCAGGGAAUGAUGCCAUGGACAUAACCUUCGAUUAACCACCAGCCACGUCAUGGAUGCAGACAGGAUGCUCUCAGCACUCCCUCAAGACUUUAAAAGAUUCACCUCUUCGUGCUUCGGAGUUGCUGAGGUUUGUUUGUUUUUCAUUGCUCAAAAAAAAAAAAAAGAUUUCCUGGUCGUGGUUUUCAAAUUGUAAUGAUAAGCUGUGCUUUAACCAGUCAGUCAUUGUACCUUUUCAGGCUAACUUUUACAACUUCUGUUAACAUUAAUUUGGUAUUGUCCCCCGCUGCUUCUCAGCACACUUUCAGCUCAGUGUUACAGAGAAAACACCCUUGUUAAGUGGACUCUAAAAGACAUUUCACACACACACGUAAGUGACACCCAGGCGAACUGUUGCCAAGUAGCUUUAAGACCACUCUUUGAACAGCGUGAGACUUUGAAAGCUUUGCUCAGGUUGAUUUGUAGUGCACGUGACCUGCGAGUGACUGUGUGAUCAAUCUUUCAGCCCUGAUGAGGUGUUUCACAUAAUGUUAACACAGAGAACCAACUUACAAAAGUAGUAUUAAUCACAUUGCCAGAAUGAAGCCCCCCCCUCCCCCCUUUUUUUUUCUUACACUACACUUCAACCUUUGAACUCUUUGCAUGUCAAGUCAUUGAAAACACAGGAGCUGGCCCGCAGGCAGGGUUUGUUAUAAACUGUAGUAUUCAUCGUACAGGAUCUGUCCCUUUCUGCUUUUAUAUGCAGCUCUCUUGGCAUUUGUGUUGUGUGUUGGUUCUUGCAAUGUUUUUUUUCCAGAUUUAAAUGGCUUAUGAUUUAAAAUAUACAAACACUGGCUAACUGUGACACUGUUAAUGCAUUGCAUUUUGUUUCUGCAUUUCAAAAAUUGCGUGUAAAUAAAACUAAUGAAAUAA